AUUGUUUCAGACAACAGAUAUAAGUUGCGAUGGAAGAGGAACGUCGGAUUUGGUGUCUGUCCCCCAUUUCCAAUUAUAGAUGGAUCAUUACAGACAGAGAAGUACUGAGAAUCCAGACAUCUGCUCUUCACAUGAAUGCACUCACCUCCUAGAGAACAGCCUGCCAUCAUGCUCUGGAAACUGGUUGAAAAUGUCAAGUAUGAAGAUAUCUAUGAGGACCGGCAUGAUGGAGUGCCCAGCCACAGUUCCAGGCUGUCCCAGCUGGGAUCCGUCUCGCAGGGACCCUACUCCAGCGCUCCUCCGCUCUCUCACACCCCAUCCUCGGAUUUCCAGCCGCCUUAUUUCCCACCCCCCUACCAGCCUCUUCCUUACCACCAAAGCCAGGACCCUUACUCCCAUGUCAAUGACCCCUACUCCCUAAACCCCUUGCAUCAGCCCCAGCAGCACCCCUGGGGACAGAGGCAGAGGCAAGAGGUGGGAUCAGAAACCGGGUCACUGCUGCCACAGCCUCGGGCCGCCCUGCCCCAGCUCUCGGGACUGGACCCCAGGCGGGACUACCACUCAGUAAGGAGGCCAGAUGUCCUCCUGCACUCAGCUCACCAUGGCCUUGACUCCGGCAUGGGGGACAGCCUUUCUCUACAUGGCAUCGGACACCCAGGGAUGGAGGAGGUCCAGUCAGUUGAAGAUGCCAAUAACAGCGGUAUGAACUUAUUGGACCAGUCUGUCAUUAAAAAAGUUCCGGUUCCUCCAAAAUCUGUUACUUCUUUGAUGAUGAAUAAAGAUGGCUUCCUGGGUGGAAUUUCAGUCAACACCGGGGAGGUGUUUUGCUCUGUCCCCGGCCGCUUGUCUUUGCUUAGUUCAACUUCAAAGUACAAAGUAACUGUGGGAGAAGUUCAGAGGCGACUUUCCCCUCCAGAGUGUCUGAACGCAUCCCUCCUAGGAGGAGUCCUUAGAAGAGCCAAAUCGAAAAACGGGGGGAGAUCUUUGCGAGAAAGGCUAGAAAAAAUCGGUUUGAAUUUACCAGCCGGCAGGCGUAAGGCCGCAAAUGUCACUUUACUCACCUCCCUGGUGGAAGGUGAGGCCGUUCAUUUAGCUCGGGAUUUUGGGUACAUCUGUGAAACGGAGUUCCCAGCCAAAGCUGUUUCUGAAUACCUGAACAGACAGCACACGGACCCCAGCGACCUCCACUCCAGGAAAAACAUGCUGCUUGCUACAAAGCAACUUUGUAAAGAAUUCACAGAUCUCUUGGCCCAGGACAGGACGCCCAUUGGGAACAGCCGGCCCACCCCUAUUUUGGAACCGGGCAUUCAGAGCUGCUUGACUCACUUCAGCCUCAUCACUCAUGGCUUUGGGGCCCCCGCAAUCUGCGCUGCCCUCACGGCCCUCCAAAACUACCUGACUGAAGCUCUCAAAGGCAUGGACAAGAUGUUCUUGAACAACAACACUGCUAACAGGCACACAUCUGGCGAAGGACCAGCUUUGCCCGCUUGGCUUAUGAGCUUCUUCAAAGAGGACUAGAGAUCCCUACACAAUAUAUCAGGUACAGAGAAAAAAAAUCCACAAUUCUGAUAUUCUGAUACUUUUUUUUUUUUUUGCUUUUUUUUUUGCUUUUUCAAAUCAAAGCCAGUUGUUACCGAAUUCUGUAGGUGCACUUCUUUAAAGAAGCUCAAAGGGAAUAAUUUGAAUGAGAUAAAAAUAUAAGUUGAAAUCGAGGUGUACUGUUGCAAAGAAAAUAAGAGCUGUGUUGAAUGUUACCGCACUUGCUUGGCACUAGGGUUUUGUACCCAGGGAGGAAAGGGUUGCCAUGUGAGCUGACUCCUUGUGAUGGGAGCGGGGAGGGUUUACCAGGGAAUAUCCUGAUUUCUGAGCUCAGUUUGAGGAAAUCUGGUUCUCUUAGAAAGCUUUUAAAAAAAAAAUGUCUUGUGACUCUUUGCUUUUGAACAAGUCGGUGUGGUAAGGGGGGAAAAAAACUUCUUAAUUCCAAUGUUUUUCUUGGUGGUUUGGUGUCUGACAGGAUGUCUUAUGCAUAUGAUUUGGGCUGAUGAGGGUGGAGGGGAAUUCUUAUUUCUUUCCUCUCUUUUUUUUUUUUAAUUUUUUUUAACAUACAUUUCUUUGUCUUCUCUGGUAAAAAUAACUCUGAAGUGUAAGGAUGUGAAUUUCUGUUUGGAUUCUGCUGUCUCGGGUACUUGCAUGUGUUUCUCAGUGGGGUAGGGUUCGUGCACUAACACAUCUUUUUGCUUAUGUCAGAACAGUUACUGGGUGUGGGUAAAACCUCCUGGAGUCACUGGCAAAACUCCAGUGGGGUCAGGCCUCCCCCCAUGAUCCCUGUUAAAGCUGCAGGACUCAAUCCCACCACCCCAAGCAGGCCCACCUGAACUCAAAACAAGAGAGAGAGAGAGAGAAAUAAAAGAGAAGCCUUAGCCUUGCUUUAAUUUCUAGAUACCUUCCAAAGUGGAUGGUGGGGGAGAAACAAUUCAGCAAUACUCUCAACAUCCCUCAACAGAAUUUUCUUAAAGCAAACAAUCCUCUUGUCAUCCUUAGUGUCCUUAGCUCCCUGAGACACGGUUACACUUGAGGGCCUGCCCUGCUUUUCAUAUCUUUGUGCAGCAAGGUCUCAGCUCUUGUUCUCUAUUUGUGAUUUGGGCAUGUGUGUGGCAACAGAAACCCAGCAAUCAUCUAAUUCCAAAGAGCACUGACCCCUGUGGAGCUGCUCCUCGCUCAUGGACCUUUGGUUCUUCUGGGGCAGAGUGCUAUAGGGGAUCUCCUGUGAGAAAAUGGGGGAACUGAGGCUGGUAGCCUUCUCCAUGGGCUGUUGGGAUGAGUUGCAGGUAUCCUUAGACCCUGGCAUGUCCCUGCCAGUGGGUUUGGUUGUGGCAGGGAUUGGCACAGCCCUGAGGAUGUCACCAGAGGAGGUGUGGUAGUCAAUCCUCAUGGAUCCCUCACCAGCAGGUUGGGGACUCCCAGACUGAAAAGCAACCCCCAGGCAGCUCCCAGUCCUCCAAAACCUAUCCCUUGCCAACCACCUCCACUUUCAUCAGACUUCUAGGGAAGGGCAAUCCAGACUCAAGUGCAGGGCAUGUCCCAACAGUGAUGUGUGGGACAGGGAGAGGGUAUGUGUGUGUAUCUGGGGAGGAACAAAUGGCACCACCCCAAAGCACAUCUUCCUUCUCUACCUGAUGAGAAUAUCCUGUUUAUUGAAGUAGAGCACAAAGUGCUGGCUGUUGCUUUGUCUGCCCUCUGCAUACAGGAUUUUUUGGGUCCAGCCCUCCAGAAUCACCCGGUGGGUGUGGGGAGCCCCCAAGUUGGCUCUCAGUCUUCCACCUCCCCAGCUGCACACACAGGCCCGUGGGGACCUGCUCCCUGCCACCCCAGAGCUUCCAACUGAAGGCUCUGAGGGAAUGUUGGGGUGGUCUUCCCUUGUCUUUGGGAGAAAUAUUGGGAAUGCUCCUUUUAACUGCAGAAGGCAGUUAUCCCACCACCACCUGUGAGUUAAUGAGGAGAGGGAACCUUUGGAACUUCUUGGGGAAAGACCUGCUUGCACGUGUGAGGGCCUCAUCCUGCUGCUAUUGAAAUCUCCCCUAGGCACAGGUUUGGUCACCUGGAUCAGGACUUAAAUGUUGAGCAGGUUGAGGGAAGAGUUUCAAUCUGUCUCUCGUGCCUUCUACCUGGAAGAGACAGACUGCACGUGUCAGGCUGUGCAUCACUCAGGCAAAAUAAAGCCAAAUUCCGGAGACAAAAUCCAUGAGGUUUGCGAUUGAAAUGCAAACAGGGAGAAAACAUGACAUAGAAGCACAUAUCUCUGUUUUCCCUCUGGCUUAGUGCUGCUUCCAGAGGGAAAUAUCCAUUGCUUGGUGGCCCCUAUCAGUGCUGAGAGAGAUGUCCCCCCCAAACUAAAUCAGCCUCCCUCUGGAAGGCAUUUUCCUGCUCCCCUCCACUUUCCCAGCCCGACUACUUGUGUUGGCGGGGCACCUCAGACGUUUAUCUGAUAAUUGAGUUAUUAAAAGAUUUGGUUUCCUCGGGAUCAUAAAUCAAUAAACAGGAGGAUUAACACGGCAGCUUUGCUUUGUAACUCAAGGGAAAAGUUUGAGGAGAGACCAUGAAAAGUUUGUUUUCAAACCAAACAGGUGGGUUGCUGUAAAUUUUAUUUCAUUCUCAGUCUCGAUUUUUUUUUAAAUAGCUAUUCUCUAUUUGCCGUUGGAAAGAUCUUUGUUUUUGUACGCUCCCUGACCUUUUCUUUUUUUUUCCUGGUUGUUAUUCAUACAAGAUGUGAAGGAAACAAGAAGCCAAUUUUAUGGGAAUCCUUUUACAACCCGAUGAUUUCUUUAAAAUCGGGUCGUGUCUUGUCCCACCUAAUAGAAAUUCUCUGUGAGAAGCUGUUUAAAGUCCCUUUGCAUCCCAGACCAACCUCUCCCCAAAUCCCCAAAUUUGCAUUUGGGGCCGGGAAGGAGGGGGGGAAGGAUGGUUUUAAGACCUUCAGCUGUGCCCAAAGGGCUUAUUCCCUUUCCCUGCUCAUCUCUUUCUGACCGGUUUAUCAUACAGACCUGUCCGGCUCUAUUUUAAUGCGUUUCUCGGAGAAUUUGGUGCUUGUUUCAUCUGCCGUAAGCGUUGCCAGAUCGAUCCGGCCAACCUCCCCCUCCCCUCCGGCUUCCCUGUGUCAGAGACCGUAGGCUUUUUACAAAUAGUAUAUUUUCUUAUACAAAGGGAAAAAAAAUAAAAGAAAACAUCCCCAAACACACUGGCAAACGCCUGAACAUUGAGAGAGAGACGAAACACUGUGUGCCAGCGAGAUAUAAAGAAAAAAAAAAAAAAAGCCCCAACAAAUGCAAAGCUCUGAAAAAGCAAAUGAGAAACUGGAAAGAUGAAAGAAAAAAUAAUAAAUUCUCCUUUUAUGCCCCAAACGAUCCUUUUCACCUCCUCUUCUUGAAAAAUCUGACCAUGCAGUGAGAAAUAUCAGUUUAUCGACUCUUCCUGAGAAGAAAUGCGGAGAGGCAUUCAGUAUUGAGUUUGUAUAUAUUUAUUUAUGCUUAAUUUAACGGGAAUGUGUAAAUAUGGCGAGCAAGUAGUUUUUGGGUUAUUUAUCUGUGACUCUAUACCUCUGUGAAUGGGUGGGGGAAUUUAAAAACAAAAAGUAUAUAAAAAAACAAACAAAAAAGAAAGAAAAAAUAAAACCAACAAAAAAAAUAUCCCGCUUGACUAGAUAGUAUCCUAUCUGAAUCUUUUCUGGUCUUUAUAGACAAGCUGUUAUGGUAAUGGGUAGAAAUUGGUUUCUUGUCCAGUGAUGACCUGAUUUACAUAAAUAAUAAGAAUAAGAAUAAAAAAAAAAGAGAUUGUUGUGUUUUGUUGUAUUUUCCUCUUCAGUUUUUUUGAAUGUUGGUGCUGCUUUGAUUCUGCAGACGGAUUUACUUAUAACGCCAAUAAGUCUUUAUUUUCCCAUUCUAGGCUUUGGGGAAAUUCAGGAUAUGUCUCUACAUUAAAAAAAAAAAAAAAAAAGACAAAAAAAAAGACAAUAAAUAUUGCUUCUCAGAAAUGUUGGUAUUUUAUUUCUGUCUGACUCAAAAGUGUCCAUAUUUUUUCCCACUCUUACCUCCUCAUUCUAAGCAGACCUGUAAUAAACCUCAUGUCAUGUUAACGUGA